GUUCAACCCAAAGAAACUCUUUCUAUCAUAUUCCUCCCAACCCUCAUGUCACGGGACACUAAUUUGCAUCACCGCUGCUGCAGCAUCACAAACUCAAAAGUCUCCAUGUCCCAUACCCUCUCAUGAGCCUUUCUCACAAAAAUUCACAAGCUCAAAGCCUCAGCACAUGAGUCACAUAAAUUCUAUAACCAACCCCCUAAGUUGACAGCCACUAUAAAUGUGGAUUCAAAUUGGGGUUGCUUUCACUCAAAAUUCAGAAUGAGUUUCAGUAACUUGGUUUUAUCUGUUUUUCUGCUGGUGUUAUGGUCUGCUAGCACCAAGGGUUGCGCUCAGCGACAGGCGGCGCAAGGGCCGUGCUUCUUCAUCUUUGGUGAUUCGUUGGUUGACAACGGAAACAACAACCGGAUGAUUACACUUUCUAGGGCUAAUUACAGGCCUUACGGCAUUGAUUUCCCAGGGGGUGUCACUGGCCGGUUCACCAACGGUCGGACUUAUGUCGAUGCACUAGCACAACUUCUGGGAUUCCGAAACUACAUUCCACCCUAUGCCAGAGCUCGCGGCCGUGCAUCAAUGAGGGGAGUGAAUUAUGCAUCAGGAGCAGCUGGCAUUAUAGAUGAAACUGGAAACAAUCUGGGCGAUCAUGCUUCCAUGAACCAGCAAGUAGCAAACUUUGGCAAUACUGUUCUUGAAAUGAGGAGGUUCUUCAGAGGAGAUACUAAUGCACUCAACAAUUAUCUAAGCAAAUGUAUCUUCUAUUCCGGAAUGGGAAGUAAUGACUAUCUGAACAAUUAUUUCAUGCCAUCCUUCUACACAAGCAGCUCAGAUUACAAUACAACAGCUUUUUCUGCAAAACUUCUUCAGGAUUACACCCGCCAACUAACUCAAUUGUAUAGCUUGGGAGCUCGGAAAGUGAUUAUAACAGCAGUUGGCCAAAUUGGUUGCAUACCUUAUCAGCUUGCGCGAUAUCAUGGCAAUGGCAGCCGGUGCAAUGAAGAAAUCAACAAGGCGAUCAGCCUCUUCAAUUCGGGGCUUCGAAACCUGGUCGACAGUGCUAAUAGUGGUCAAUUGGCUGGAGCAAAGUUUGUGUACCUAGAUUUUUAUCAGAGCACCAAAGAUAUAGUUCAAAAUGGGUCUGCAUAUGGAUUUGAAGUGGUAGACAAGGGAUGCUGUGGAGUGGGAAGGAACAAUGGGCAGAUAACUUGUCUUCCCAUGCAACAACCAUGUCAAGAUCGCCGGAAGUACUUGUUCUGGGAUGCAUUCCAUCCAACAGAGGUGGCAAAUAUUAUGCUUGCUAAAACAACAUACAGCACCCAAUCUCCAUACACUUACCCUAUUAAUAUACAACAACUGGCAAUGCUGUAAUGUGAUUCCAACUUAAUUUCUUUAAUUUUCUCUA